AUGGCGCUCAGCAUCGAUAGGGACGCGCUCUACCGGCGGCUACGGCGACUCUAUGGCGCAUGGGAGAGGGGAGAGGAGGAGCUGGGGGGGGUCGACGCCAUCGUGGUGGCCGUGGGGGUGGACGAGGAGAUCGUGUACGCCAAAUCCACAGCGCUGCAGACGUGGCUCUUUGGCUAUGAGCUCACCGACACCAUCCUGGUGCUCUGUGCCCAGCGCAUCCUGCUCCUGGCCAGUAGGAAGAAGGUGGAGUUCCUCAAGCAAUUGGUGCCCCCCAAAGGGACCGAGGGGGGCAAUGGGGUCCCCAGCAUCAGCCUGCUCGUCAGGGAGAAGACGGAGAGCAACCAGGCCAACUUUGAGCGGCUGCUGGAGGCCCUGCGGGGCAGCCGGGGGGGGAAGCGCUUGGGGGUCUUCGCCAAGGACCAGUUCCCAGGGGACUUCCUUAGGGCCUGGAACGAGUGCCUCAGUAAGGAGCCCUUCGAGAAGGUGGACAUCAGCGCGGCCGUGGCCUACACGAUGGCGGCCAAGGAGGAGGGGGAGGUGCAGCUGAUGCGCAGGGCGGCCGCCAUCACCUCCGAGCUCUUCAGCAAGUUCUUCAAGGAGAGGGUCAUGGAGAUCGUGGAUGCAGAUGAGAAGGUCCGUCACUGCAAGCUGGCCGAGGCCGUGGAGCAGGCCCUGGAGGACAAACGCUUCCUGGGGGGGGCCGACCCCGGCGCCGUGGAGCUCUGCUACCCCCCCAUCAUCCAGAGCGGGGGCCACUACAGCCUCAAGUUCAGCGUCGUCAGGUGAGCCUAUGGGGCAGAC